AUGGCGACGCCCUCAGCGGCGCACGCUGUUCUCUUCAACGACGACCUCUUCAACAUCAUCCUUGAGCAUACCCAUCGCCGCGACAUUCCGAUCUCGCGCAAGCGUCACCUCAGACGGUACAAAUUCGUGGCUGGUCAUGAGGCCUUCAGUAGAGGAGUGCGAGAGCUCGUCUGGGAGGCUCACGCCUACGGCAAUGGUGAUAUCUACGAAAAGAAAUACCUCGAAAUGGCACCAGCGGCCCGGGCAAUCUCGACGGGCAAGGACGAGGAUACCUUGUUGGAGCACCGAGCCAACAUCGUCCUCUUGAUUGAUGAGUUGGGACUCGCUUUAGCAAGGCUCAAAGGACUGAAUCAUAUUACCAUCACUUUCUGGCAUGGUGGCGAGCACGGCCAGAGGGCCUUCUUUAACAAGGUUCCGCUUGUGAAAAUAUCGCCCAAAAUGCCACCGCCUGUGGCUUCUCUCUUCAAAAAGGGUGUCUUAUUCAAACGGCAGAACCAGGCCUUCGAUGCUCUCAUGCAGGCUCUGCGCAACACCGAUCUCAAGAUCAAAGCCUUCACGAUCGCGCCUGGAGGCGACGUGUCGCUGCCUUCCGCCCUCACUAUAUGUGGUCCGGUGGAGUUUCCACGAAUGCUGAUCGACUUCUCCACGAUGGAUCAUACCGGUAUUGAUCUUCUUGCAGGCCCGUUGGAACAUCUCACGAGCUUACGGCUCGACCUCAGCGAGAAAGGAGUCGCCACUUCUAGCCGGAUGGCGCUACAUAGGCGCCUUGGGAUUGGGAACAACAAUGGUCCAGGAUUGCCGGGGCUCCUCCAGCGACUUUCGGCACUCAAGUCCAUCGACAUCCGUAUAGCUCCAAGUGUGUCGGAAAACGACGACCGAUGGGAAUGUAUCUUCCCUCAUCGCCUAACGCGACGUCUUUGGGACCACCACAUUCUCGCAGCUGCCCCCUCUCAGCCUGCGAUCAUUUUGGCUGCAGCCAGAAGAGCUUUGUGA